CCGGAAGCGGAGCGCCGGACCCGCAACGGCUGGCUGUACGGGAGCGGCGGUGGCGGGCCAGGUGGCAGCGAGGAGACCUUAAGGGGACCCGGACGUGGCUCCCGCGCCGGGGCGGAGCGCCAUGGACGAAGCAGGCAGCUGUGCGAGCGGCGGAGGCUUCCGCCCGGGCGUGGACAGCCUGGACGAGCCGCCCAACAGCCGCAUCUUCCUGGUGAUCAGCAAGUACACGCCGGAGUCGGUGCUGAGGGAGCGCUUCUCGCCCUUCGGCGAGAUCCAGGACAUCUGGGUGGUGCGGGACAAGCACACUAAGGAGUCCAAGGGCAUCGCCUUCGUCAAGUUUGCCCGUAGCUCGCAGGCCUGCAGGGCCAUGGAGGAAAUGCACGGCCAGUGCCUCAGCCCCAACGACACCAAGCCCAUCAAGGUUUUCAUUGCUCAGUCCAGAUCAUCUGGAAGUCAUCGUGAUGUUGAAGAUGAAGAACUCACAAGAAUAUUUGUUAUGAUACCAAAGUCCUACACAGAAGAAGAUCUACGGGAAAAAUUUAAGGUGUAUGGAGAUAUCGAGUAUUGCAGCAUUAUUAAGAAUAAAGUAACUGGAGAAAGUAAAGGUUUGGGCUAUGUUCGAUACUUAAAACCAUCACAGGCUGCCCAAGCAAUAGAAAACUGUGAUCGAAGUUUUAGGGCAAUCUUGGCUGAACCUAAAAAUAAAGCAUCUGAAUCCUCGGAACAAGACUAUUAUAGUAACAUGAGGCAGGAGACAUUGGGACAUGAACCUAGAGUAAAUAUGUUUCCAUUUGAACAACAAUCUGAGUUUUCAGGUUUUGACAAGAAUGACAACAGAGGCCAAGAAGCUAUCUCCAAACGCCUGUCAGUUGUAUCAAGAGUUCCUUUCACUGAAGAGCAGCUUUUCAGUAUUUUUGAUAUAGUACCAGGAUUGGAAUACUGUGAAGUUCAACGAGAUCCUUAUUCUAAUUACGGUCAUGGAGUGGUUCAGUAUUUCAAUGUAGCAUCAGCUAUUUAUGCAAAAUACAAGUUACAUGGGUUUCAGUACCCUCCUGGGAAUCGGAUAGGUGUUUCCUUCAUUGAUGAUGGGAGUAAUGCAACAGAUCUCCUUAGAAAAAUGGCAACGCAGAUGGUAGCAGCACAGCUUGCAUCAAUGGUGUGGAAUAACCCAAGUCAGCAGCAAUUUCUGCAAUUUGGAGGAAAUUCUGGAUCACAGUUGCCUCAAAUCCAGACAGAUGUUGUACUUCCAUCAUGCAAAAAAAAAGCCCCUCCUGAAACUCCUGUGAAAGAAAGACUUUUUAUCGUGUUUAAUCCUCAUCCUUUACCUUUAGAUGUAUUAGAGGAUAUAUUCUGUCGUUUUGGUAACCUAAUCGAAGUUUACCUUGUGUCAGGAAAAAACGUGGGGUAUGCCAAAUAUGCAGAUAGACUAAGUGCCAAUGAUGCCAUUACUACUUUACAUGGAAAGAUCCUAAAUGGAGUCAGACUUAAAGUUAUGCUGGCGGAUUCCCCAAGAGAAGAAUCUAACAAACGACAAAGAACUUACUGAUUUUUGAG